AUUCAAGCUCACUUCCUGAACAAAGGCGAUCGAUCCCAGCAGUUCAGUCAAUUUCAGAGGAAUUACAUCUCAUUGCUCCGGUGAUUUCUGGCCAUGGCUGAGAGAAUAUAUUUUAUCUGGAAUCAUUUGUUACCUUAGUCAUACUUUCCCACAGAUUUAUCUCGGCAGUUUGACCAGAUCAUUUGCGUCAAUCAGCGACCACUCGGCUGUGACUCCAUCUUCCCACGCGGGACGCGUUGAAUGUAUAUGUUUGUCCUUGCACGUCGCGUUGCAUCGGGCUGCACCUAUCUGCGAAUGGGCCGUCAGCAGACUCUAGGCAAAUUCUUCGAUAUGCCCAAAUCCACGAAAGCCGCACCUCCUCAACAGUCAAGUCUUGCCGAAAUGUGGGGGCGAAAGAAGCAAGUGACGGACGCGCCUCAGGACGCGCUCAAGACUAAAAGUGUUCCCAUGGAAGUGGAUUCCGCACCGAGGCCUCAUAUUGAGCCCGGUAGCCGAUUUCUGAAAGAGGAAACGCCUUCAGAUGAUGUUCAACCCGAAAGCUCGGGUUCAAAACGGAAAGAGAACGCGACGGAUGGUGGCUCACGCGUGAAACGACGGAGGAUAAUAGAUUCGCACUCUGAAGACGACGGUGUUGCCGCCAGGGAACCAUCACCCUCCUCUUCAAACAAGUUAUCUCCACCCAAAUCACUGAAGUCCCGGGGCAAAGCCAAGGCCAUAGUGAAAUCGGAGGAAGACGAGGCGGAACCCGCGGUUCCAAGCGCAGACGAAGGAGAAGACGAAGUCGAGAUUGAUGACGAAAUGGAUUCCGACUUGGACACACCUGAUGCUGGUGAGGCUUCUAAGAUAGCAGAGGCUGCACUUGCGCGAAGAGGGGAUGUGGAUGUGAAAGGUGGCUGGAAAGUUGGGACACCAGUUCCAUACGCCGCGCUAACGAAGACCUUUGCGCUGAUUGAAGCAACCACGAAGCGUUUAGAGAAAACAGCCCUGCUGACCUCUUUUCUAUAUCUGGUGAUUCAACGGAGUGCAGAAGGAGACUCCAAGUCAUUACUUCAAGCUGUGUAUCUGUGUAUCAAUCGACUGAGCCCAGACUACGUCGGCGUUGAGUUGGGUAUCGGAGAGAGUCUUCUCAUCAAGGCUAUCGGGGAGUCCACUGGUCGGAGUUUGAGUGUAAUCAAAGCAGAUUUGAAGAAAGAAGGAGAUCUCGGAUUAGUCGCUAUGGUUUCCAAGAACUCGAAAAACAGUCAGAAGACUCUUUUCAAACCCAAACCCCUUACCCUCCCCUUCGUGUUUCAAAAUCUUCGGGACAUUGCCUUGACCUCUGGACACUCAUCUCAAGCCAAGAAAGUUUCCAUCAUCACGAAGCUUCUCGCCGCCUGUCAAGAUUUUGAAGCAAAGUACAUCGUGCGAAGUCUGGAAGGAAAGUUACGCAUCGGAAAUGCGGAGAGGUCUGUGAUAAUUGCGAUCGCGCAUGCUGCUGUGCUUGCUGAGAGAGACCGAGCCGAUAAGAAAUGGAGCAACGAGAAGCUUAGCAAGAGAUUGCAGGCCGGUGCUGAUACCCUGAAAUCCAUCUACAGGUUUUGGCGAUCAUCUCGUUCAGCAACCUUGAAUGCUGAUCACUUCGAAUUUCAGCGAACUACCAUCUGCCUCAAAGACAGCACCGAAUCCUUUGUUCUUGACGCAGAAGCCGUUGCUUUCGAUCGAGCGACAGGCAAACUGAUGCCGUUCCAAGAGCUCAGCCGUCGGAAACGAAAGGACGUCAAGGUAGAAGAUAUACAAAUCCGCGUUUGCCUAUUUGCAUUCGAUCUACUUUAUUUAAAUGGCGAGCCGCUGAUUCAAAAGCCGCUGGCGGAGAGGCGCCGACUUCUACGCGCACAUUUCGAACCGGUCUUCGGAGAAUUUGACUUCGCCAAAUCAUCAGACGGGGAAACAACGGAUGAGAUCCAGACUUUCUUGGAACAGAGUGUCAAGGAUGGGUGUGAGGGUCUUAUGGUUAAAAUGAUGGAAACCGACGCGAGCUACUACGAGCCCAGUCGACGAAGUGUCAACUGGCUGAAGGUUUGCCGCUUGAUCACAAGAUGCGCUAGACUCACUGGUAAACAGCUAAAGAAGGACUAUCUUGCCGGGGUUGGUGAUUCCCUGGAUCUAGUAGUCGUCGGCGGCUAUUACGGCAAAGGCAAGCGCACCAACGUAUAUGGCGCGUUUUUGCUGGCCUGCUACGACCCGGAUUCAGAAGAGUUCCAGACGAUAUGCAAGAUAGGGACAGGCUUCAGCGAAGAAGCGCUUCAGUCUCACUAUAAUGUCCUCCAACCUCUGGAGCUGACAAAGGUCCGCGGGGAUAUCAAAGCUGGUGGGGCCAAACCCGAUGUUUGGUUCGAACCGCAAGUUGUGUGGGAGGUGUUGACUGCUGAUUUGAGUCUGAGCCCAAUCUAUACAGCGGCACAAGGAUUGGUCGAGGAACGGGGGAUCUCUUUACGAUUCCCGCGCUUCGUCAGGAUUCGGGACGACAAGUCAGCGGAUGAUAGCACUACACCUGAACAGGUCGCCGAAAUGUACGAGAGUCAGGCACUGGCACAAAGUAAAGGAAAAAAGAAGCGCGCUGGCGACGGUGACGAUGAUUUCUGGUAG